UGGACGAGCACGUUGGAUACUCUUCUAAUCUUUAUCGCUCUUUUCUCGGCUAUUGUAACAUCAUUUCUGGUGCAGGCCUCUGGAGGACUUACCCAAGCUACGGGCGAUCGCACAAACAUAAUUCUCUCCAAUCUCACUGACAUCAUCAUUCAACUUAACAUUGCCAAUGCUUCUCUGUUGAACGUUUCCUCGCCAGUUCCCUUUACGCCGGACAGUAGUGCCGUUCGUCUGAAUUUAUACUGGUCGCUUUCUCUCAUCAUCAGCGUAAGC